GUUGACCACGGAGAUCUGAAGUGGAUUGGACAGGCUGUCGGGAUGUCAGAGAGUUUUCUACUGGAGGCAUGUGUGGACUCCGUGGAGUCUGCUGUCAAUGCUGAACGAGGAGGUGCAGGUCGACUUGAACUGUGUUCUAGUCUUCUGGAGGGAGGACUCACUCCCAGUCAAGGUCUGCUGCAGGUCGUGAAGCAGUAUGUCAAAAUUCCAGUCUACGUGAUGAUACGGCCUCGUGGGGGGGACUUCCUGUACUCUGACCAGGAAGUGGAUGUGAUGAAGAAGGACAUAGAGAUGAUGAAGAGCCACGGGGCCGACGGACUGGUGCUGGGAGCGCUGACAGAGGACGGGCGGGUGGACGCGGAGCUCUGUAUGGAGUUUCUGGCUGCUGCUCAACCUUUGCCUGUCACCUUCCACCGAGCUUUUGACAUGGUUUCUGACCCAACGAAUGCCCUGGAGACGCUGGUGUCAUUAGGGUUCCAGCGUCUUUUGACAAGUGGCUGUGACAACUCUGCUUUGGAGGGACUCCCUCUCAUUAAACAGCUCAUUGAUCAGGCUAAAGGGAGAAUUGCCAUCAUGCCAGGAGGAGGUAUCACUGAGAGGAACCUGCAGAGGAUUUUGGAGGGCACGGGGGCUCAAGAGUUUCACUGCUCAGCCCGCUCCAGUCGGGAUUCUGCCAUGAAGUUCAGGAACACCUGUGUGAUGAUGGGAGCUGCUUUCUCUGCACCAGAGUACGGCCUGAAGGUGGCAGACGUGAGCAAGGUCCGCACUCUUAAUGCAAUAGCCAAAAAUACCAUGUGAAUGGGUCCUUGACAUUCAUGACAGAAAACAAAAUACCUCAAAAGUGAUCAUUAGUAAUUGUACUGAUAUGUCGACGUUUAUUUUCAUUAAAGCCCAGAAUAAAUAGAUAUUUCUGAACUUUUUCUCCUGUUUUGUUUAAAUCCCUGAUUAACCAGUCCUUAUAAAAUUGGAGCUCAGGGAAAACCUAGAGUGAUUCAUAAUUUACAUAUAUUAUUGCACACCUGUAUGUUGCCUCAAAAGAAGUGUAAUAAUAUACACAAUAGAUUGCAAAAUGUAAAAUCGGUGCUGCUGUUUUCAGAACAGUGUGUUUUCAAGUUGCCAUGUAGCUGAACUAUAUUUCUUUACAGCACUCCCUAUUCAGUUAAAAAUAAUGCAAAGUUGUGACCUCUUGUACUUUUUUUACAAGGACAAAAACAUUGUGAGUUUGCUCAGAAUUCAAUUAAAGUCCCAAAUAAUUGAACAAUUCUGUUCACUUGUGUUUAUUGCCAUCAAAUGUCUCCUGCAUUUAAAACCAGUCUCUUAUUAAAUCAGCUGUGGAAAUAUGCCAUACUAAUGCAGAAUCAUGCUUCAUUUAGACUAGUUUUAAUUAUUGUUCAUGAGUUUUAAGAGGUUGGAGAGUCAUGUUUCUCUCUUCAUGUUCACUCAUAUCCAAACAGGCUGUAUCGACAUGGCAAAUUUGAGUUAGUGAACCUGUGAUUCAUUCAACAACGGGGCGGAUUAAUUAGACGAUCAAUGGGGCACUGACAUGGCGGAGGCAUAAUAUGAUGCCAUGUCAUAAUAAUCUGUUUUAUACCAUCAUUUGGAUGCAAUAAGUAUUUUUUACCAUUAUUUUACGUCACAAAUGUCAAUUUGCCUUGUUAAUCUUUGUAAAAAAAACAUCAUUUUCAACACUACAGACUCGUGUGGCAUUACAACUAUGUGGCGUAAUCUAUGCAGCCCAGUAACAUGUUACUAUACAGCGAAAGAUAAGACUCCGCCUGAAGAGCCUUUGAUCCCAUACAAGUAAACACCCAGGGGUUGUUUCAAGAACCAGGUUUGAUGAGUCAUCUGAAUGACUAAUAUAUAGGAACUUGACUGAUGACCACCUGUUCUGGGUUUAUUGGAGAAAAGUUAUCCAGUUACUUCACCAAACGUACAUCUUAGAAACAAAUGUGCUGAGCUAUACUAGCAAACAGUAAUAUCGUAUUGCGUCUUCUAUCUUUUGAGUCCAAUAGUGAUACCAAUGUCUGACAGCAUUGUAGUUCUGUGUUAAUGAUGAACGGUCUCUAAUUCAUUUAGUUAUAAACCAGUUUCAUUCAUUUGUCUACCCUCUUCUAAAUGCAUGUAACGGACACCUACUAGAUCUACAUUACAAUGAAUAUUAAUAGAUUAGAAAUUAUAGUUUAAAUUUAUUAGAAUAAAACUCAGACUAUAAAUUGUGAUGUUUCAGUUUUUUUUUUAAAAACACGGAGCCCAAGGUUGCGUAUCCUAAUUUCUUGUUUUGUUGGGUCAACAGUCUACAAAUAUUCAAUUCAUAGAAGACUGAGAAAACAAGCAAAUAUUCACAAUUUAGAAACUGAAACCAGGAAUGUUUUUGACAUUUUGCUUAUAAAGUUACAUAAACAAGCAAUUGUUUAUCAAACUUUUUCUGCUUAUCGACUAACCGGUUCCUCUCUAGUCUUAGCCUAUUCUGUAUUUUCUUUAAGGGGACCUCUGCCUCUUCUAUACAGGAUACCGUGCUAAAAUGUCCAAGCUGGAUAAGAAACUGUGUUCAAACAAGUAUUAUACACAUCUCUGGUUUCAAAUUGCUAUCAGUUGUAUAAUUAUUAUUUUUGCCAUUUUGUAAAAUACAAAUUGCAUAAUGAUUCUACCCUAACCGCCCUACGUCCUCUUGAAGCUGUGUUCGGCAUUUGCCUUCCCCCUCUACAUAGCUUCUCACAGCUUCA